GCAGUGGUUCGUCUUCGUCGCUAUCAGGGAGCAAACCCAAAACCCCAAAACGCUCCAAACCCUUCUUCUCUCCUAUCCAAUCCAAUGCUCUAACCGUUGCGUUUUCAAUUGAAUCUUGAAAAUUUAAUCUUUGAAUCAAGAAUGCCUCGAGCUUCGAAGAGGAAGUCGGACCCCGUACGAUCAUCCGAACCUGCCCCAAAGAGAGCUACAGCAAAGGAAGUGGAACGAAUAGACAACUUCUUUGCAUCAUAUGCUAAUACUUCAAUAGGCAUGAUUGAUCCAGAAGGAGUUGAGAAGCUUUGCUCGGAUCUACGUGUUGAGCAUACUGAUGUCAGAAUCUUGAUGCUUGCUUGGAAAAUGAAUGCUAAAAAGCAGGGUUACUUUACACAGGAUGAGUGGCGAACGGGCCUAAAAUCUCUUCAUGCUGACACUCUUAAAAAGCUAAAGAAAGAGCUCCCCGAGUUGGAGAAAGAGGUGGCGAAGCAAAAUAAUUUUGAGGAUUUCUAUUGCUAUUCAUUUCGUUACUGCCUAACUGAAGAUAAACAGAAGAGCUUGGAUAUUGAGAGCGUGUGCAUGUUACUCGAUCUUGUUCUUGGACGCCAGUUUCCUCUUCAGGUUGAUUCAUUUGUCGAGUACUUAAAGAUCCAGAAGGAAUACAAGGUGAUAAACAUGGACCAGUGGACAAACUUUUUCCGUUUUUGUCAAGAGAUAGAGUUUCCGGACCUUCAAAAUUAUGAUGCCUGUCAAGCAUGGCCUUUGAUUCUUGACAAUUUUGUAGACUGGUUGAGAGAAAAGUUGACAGCAGCCUGACGCUUGAUCUGUGACUACCCCCCCGUUGUAUGAUGUUGGUUAUACAGAGGAAUAUGUACAAUGAUUUGGCUUACAGAUGUCAUUUUUGCUGAGAAAUGAGAAUACCUUUUUGCUGCUCGCCUCUACUUUGUUGCGCCAAACGGUGCCUCUUUGAAUGUUUGUUCGUAGCAUGAGAUUUUGUUGUCUGAGUAGUAUAUCGUUGAAUGAAAGCAAUCUUGAUUUCAGAUAUAGAUGUUAUCGGUUUGUUCAAAUAUGUGGGGGUGGUUUCAUGAAAUAAGAUGCUCUAGAAAUGGCUUUCUUUAAUGAAACCGGUUCCUUUAACUCA